AUGCCAGGGGCAAAAAAAAGGCAGAUGGUAACUGGAAAUGCUGGAGAUGGAAUUGGAAGACCAAAUGCCAAGUCUAAUGCAGGAUCCAGUUGGGGUGAGAAAGAUAAGAUGGAGUCUGAUGAGCAUCUGAAAGUCCCAAAAGAAUCAGACACAUGGAAUACAGGGAAAUCAAAUGAAAGUCCAUGGGAUAACACUGAUGCACUACAGGAUUCCUGGAUUAACAGUAUUUCACCUGGAGCAAAAGAACAAGAGCAAAAGAACUCGAGAAAUGGCUCAGAUUUACCCAUUAUCAGCAUGACAACUGCAACUUAA